AUGAGGGGGAGUUCGGUGGGGUUGUGCUUCCUUGCUUUGACUAUAGCCCAUGUCACUGAGAUCCAAGCCAGAUGGGUCCGCAACCAUGUGAGCAGCAUCUGUAGCACAUGGGGCAGGGAGCACUUCAAGACGUUCGAUGGUGAUGUGUACCAGUUUCCUGGCAUGUGUGAAUACAACCUGGUCUCCGACUGCCAUGACACCUUCCCAGAGUUCUCUGUGCACAUGAAGAGGAAUGAAAACGAUGGAAACCCGACAGUCAGUUAUGUGGUGGUCACCAUCACCGAUUUUGCAUUUCACCUCAGCAAGGAUGUGGUCACUGUAAACGACCUGCCUGUCAAACUGCCACACUACGAGGCCGGAGUACAAGUGGAAAGAAAUGCAGUCUACAUCAAGCUCCAGUCCAAAGUUGGCAUCAUUGUCAUGUGGAACCUUGAUGAUGCAGUCAUGGUGGAAAUUGAUAAUGAUUACACUAACCGCACUUGUGGACUUUGUGGAGAUUUUAACGGUGUUCCAGUUUACAACGAGUUCCUCCUUGAUGGUCGGAAAAUCAGCCCCAUUGAGUUUGGCAACAUACAUAAAGUCCAUCGUCCAAAUGAUGAUUGUGAGGACCCAUAUGAAGAGGAAGAUGUCUCACAGGAAGCUAUGAAUGUGCCAGAGUCAUGCAAAGAGUUUCAAAACACCUGUGAAGACAUGCUGCAUGCAGAAACCUGGAGCUCCUGUUCCAAACUGAUUGACCCUGAGCCUUACAUUCAGGCCUGUGUGCAGGACAUGUGUGGCUGUACCAACCAUUCAGAUGACUUUUGUGUCUGCAGCACACUCUCUGAGUUCUCUCGACAGUGUUCCCAUGCAGGAGGGGAGCCUCCCAAUUGGAGGACUUCUGAGUUCUGUGCUAAACAGUGCCCAUUCAACAUGGUUUAUGAAGAGAGUGGAUCCCCUUGUGUGGAUACCUGCACACAUCAAGACACAAGCUCAUUCUGUGAGGACCACAAAAUGGACGGCUGCUUCUGUCCUCCUGGAACCGUGUUCGAUGACAUUUCCAUGAGGGGGUGUAUUGCUCAGUCUGAAUGCCAGUGCAAGCAUGGAAAAAUCUAUGAAUCUGGCGAAGUUUACAGACAGGAGCGAGAGGAAUGCACGUGUUUUGAAGGUAGAUGGGCUUGUGAAAGUCUUUCAACACCUUCUACGUGUGCGGUUGAAGAAGGUUCACAUGUAACCACCUUUGAUGGGAAAGACUUCACCUUCCAUGGAGACUGUUACUACACCCUGGCCAAGGUGGAAAGAAAGGAUGAUGCAAGCCCUAAGUUUACCAUUCUGGUCAAACUGGUACCAUGUGCACACCAAGAGUAUGACACCUGUCUGAAGACCAUCAAAAUCCUGCUGAACAAUGACAGACACAAUGUGAGUGUGUUAACAUUCACUGCUGAUGGCGCAGUAAAGCAGAAUAUGCAGAGUAUCAGUUUGCCAUACUUCUCAGGGGAUAUCAGUAUAUUCCACGCUUCGUCCUUUCACAUCAUCCUCCAGACCAGUUUUGGUUUGCAAAUUCAGAUCCAACAUGUGCCUCUCAUGCAAGUCUAUGUCAGCCUGGAGCAGAGCUACAGAGAAAAGACACGUGGUUUAUGUGGGAACUACAACAUGGUCCUGUCUGAUGACAUGAACACUCGUCAGGGAAUUGUGGAGGGAAGUGCAGCAGCUUUUAGUAACUCCUGGAAGGCUAGCCAUACAUGCCAAGACAGAGAAGACAGACUCGAUGACCCUUGUUCUUUCAGCGUGGAAAAUGAAAAGUAUGCCAAUCACUGGUGCGCCUUGCUACGACAGCCAAAUAGCACCUUUGCAGAGUGUCAUUCUGUUGUGGAUCCUGAGAUUUACUACAAGCGAUGUACUUAUGCUAGCUGUAACUGUGAGAAGAGCGAGGACUGCCUGUGUGCUGUUUUCUCCUCCUACACAAGAGCUUGUGCAUCAAAGGGAGUGUUCUUGACAGACUGGAGAGAGAAUGUGUGCGAAAAAUACACCAAGAACUGCCCAGCAUCUCAGACCUUCUCUUACAAAAAUCAGAGAUGCCAGCUGACUUGCAGAUCAUUGAGCUUAAAGCAGCAGAGCUGCACCUCUGAUUUCUUGCCUGUGGAUGGCUGUUCCUGCGCUGAGGGUCACUACCUAGAUGACAACGGCAUCUGUGUCCCAGUGGCAAAGUGUCCCUGUUACCAUAAUGAAGUCUACGUAAAGUCAGGCAAGUCCAUCAGCACCAACAACGAGCGCUGCAUAUGCACCAACGGAGUUCUUCAUUGCCAUUCUGGGAGAACCCGCAUGUCAACUUGUUCUUCUCCAAAAGAAUACUUCAACUGCUCCACUGCAAGCGCAGGAGUUGUUGGAGUGCAGUGUGCUCGAACUUGUUUAAAUCUGGACAAUGAUGAUUGUGAUGCCACAGAGUGUGAAUCUGGUUGUCGGUGUCCCAGUGGCCUCCUUGAUGAUGGUAAAGGUUUCUGUGUGAAAGAAAGUGACUGUCCAUGCAAACAUGAUGGCCAUCUCUAUGUCUCCGGGACACAAAUACCUAAUCAGUGCAACACCUGUACCUGCCAAAGUGGAAAAUGGACAUGCUCUGAGAAAAAAUGUCCAGGAACUUGCAUUAUUUAUGGAAGUGGUCACUACACCACAUUUGAUCAGAAAACAUAUGCAUUUCAAGGACAGUGUGGCUAUAUUGCUGUAAAGAACAACUGUGGCAAUAAAACGGUGCACAACAGCUUUGGAGUUAUCACUGAAAAUGUACCUUGUGGCUCUACGGGCACCACCUGCUCUAAAAGAGUCAGAAUUCAACUGGGGAGAAAUGAAAUUAAACUAUCAAGGGGAAGAGUUGAAGAGGAUGAUCUGGGACAUGGACCUGAGAUAGUGUACAAGAUAAGGAACGUUGGCUUGUAUGUGGUUGUAGAAUCUGAGAUCGGAAUGGCAGUCAUGUGGGAUCGCAAAACAGCUGUUCGGAUCCUGCUUGAACCAACGCACAGCGGAGAGGUGUGUGGCCUUUGUGGUAAUUUCGAUGGUGAUGGACAGAAUGACUACACCACUCAGGGUCAGCUGGUGGUGAGCAAUCCACUUGAGUUUGCAAACAGCUGGAAAGUGUCUAGCUCUUGUCCAGAUGCUGAGGUGAACAUUGAUCCGUGCGCAGUAACACCCGGUCGACAUCAGUGGGCAAAAUUGAUGUGUAGCAUCAUAAUUGGAAAAACAUUUAAAGAAUGCCACAAAAAGGUUAGCCCUUUUCCAUUUUAUGAAAACUGCAUAAAAGACUCAUGUGCCUGCGACACUGGAGGAGACUGUGAAUGUUUCUGCACAGCAGUUGCAGCUUACGCUCAGGCUUGCAAUGAGCAUGAUGUUUGCAUUGCAUGGAGAACUCCAGAGAUCUGUCCUGUCUAUUGUGAUUACUACAACGACCCAAUUAUAUGCACGUGGCACUAUAACCCUUGCCACUCUCCGUGCUACAAGACCUGUUUGAAUCCAGAAGGUGUAUGUUUGAAUCCGAUACCCACCCUGGAAGGCUGUUACCCUGUAUGCCCAGAAGAUAAGCCCAUAUUUGAUGAGAAAAACAAAACAUGUGUGGAUGUAUGUGAGACAACUACGACAAUACCUCCAAUUACCACAACUACACCUACAACAACUACGACUACACCUACUACAACUCCUCCUCCUACUACAACUACACUUACACCUCCGACAACCACAAGUACAACUACAGCCACACCUCCUACUACAACAACUACGACUACACCUACUACAACUACUCCUCCUACUACAACUACACCUACACCUCCGACAACCACAAGUACAACCACAAUCUCAUCGACUACUUGCAUUCCAAGUACCACAUGUGCGUGGUCAGACUGGUAUGAUGUGGAUGAUCCAACGGACAAAAUUAUUCCAUAUGAAUGUCCACCUCUUCAAAACAUAACUUGCACCAAUGGAAAGAAACCAGUUCUGGUAUAUGACGAGUACUACUGCUGUCAAUAUUACACUUGCGACUGUGUAUGUGAAGGGUGGGGAGAUCCACAUUACAUCACAUUUGAUGGACUUUACUACAGUUAUCAAGGAAACUGUACUUAUGUUUUGAUGAAAGAGAUCUUACCGAUACAUAACCUGGAGAUUUAUAUUGACAAUGUCUUUUGUGAUCCAACUGAAGAUGUUUCUUGUCCACGAUCGAUAACAGUAUCAUAUGUAUCACAAGUCAUCACACUCAUUAAUCAUAAUCUUAUUGGAGCUGCACAGUUGGAGGCACUGAAAAAUGAAGAAAGUUUGAACCUACCUUAUUCUCAACAAGGUGUUAAGAUCAUGAAUUCAGGCAUUAACCUGAUUUUAGAGAUUCCUCGUCUAAAAGUGGUUGUUACAUUUGGAAUAACUGGCUUCAGUGUAACCCUUCCAUUCCAGUACUUCGGCAAAAACACACAGGGACAUUGUGGAACGUGCAACAAUAAUCAGGCUGAUGACUGCAUGUUGCCUGGAGGUAAGCUGGUGGAAAGCUGUGCAGUGAUGGCUGACUAUUGGCCUGUUGAAGACCUUUACCAGCCCAACUGCCCAACACCACCCGCACUACCUACCAGUGCACCUGAACCACCACCUACUUUAGCUCCAUGCAAACCAGACUCCAUGUGUGACCUACUUAAAACUAGUCUCUUUGCAGAGUGCCAUCCAUUUGUCUCCCCAGAAAAUUUCUACAGAGGUUGUGUUUUUGAUAGCUGUCACGUUUCAAAUCCAACAGUGGAGUGCACAAGUUUACAGACUUAUGCUGCAGCCUGUGCUCAGGCUGGAGUUUGCAUUUACUGGAGGAACCACACCACACUGUGCACUGGUGAAUGCCCAUUAGGCAAAGUUUACAAGCCUUGUGGUCCUGCAGAACAGCCAACCUGUCAAGACGAUCCAAGUGGACCAACUAUGAACUACACUACUGAGGGCUGCUUUUGUCCUGAUGGAAUGAAACUCUUCAACCAGGAGUCUGGAAUAUGUGUUGAAAAAUGUGGAUGUCUUGAUCCUGAGGGCAUUCCUCGUGAGUUCAAUGAAAGAUUUGAGUACAAAUGCCAGGACUGCAUCUGUGAAGAAUCUACGAAGACUGUGACUUGCAAGCCUAAGGUGUGCCCUCCACCGUCAGCCACGACAGACUGCUCUGCUCCUGGGUUUGUCCUUGUCAACCAGACCAGUCCAUCAGACCCCUGCUGUUCUACCUAUGUUUGCCAAUGUCAACCUAACACCUGCCCAGUCACCAAUAUGAAUUGUCCAAUUGGAUAUAAGCCAGUUGUCAGUGUCCCUGAUGGAAAAUGCUGUGCAGAACAUACAUGUGAACCUAAAAGAGUUUGUGUACACAGAGAAACUGAAUAUCAGCCUGGUUCUUCAGUUCCUGUGAUUGCAUGUCAGGAUUGUACCUGUGCCAAUCAGAUUGACCCCAAAUCUGGUCUAUUAAAAAUAAUUUGUGUGUUUCAACAAUGCAAAGAACACUGUGAACUGGGAUAUGGAUAUGUGGAAAGUAAUUCAGAUGAAUGCUGCGGGAAGUGUGUACAGACACACUGUGUUGUCAACAUUAAUGGAACCAAACACCUUUUGACUCAAGGAGAAACCUGGUCACCAUCGGAAAAUAAGUGUGAUCAUUACACCUGUGUUAAGAAUGGUGAGACUUUAACAGCAAGUCGUUCACAGACUGUCUGUCCACCCUUCCAAGAGAGCAACUGCCAACCUGAAACAAUUCAAACUGCAGCAAACGGCUGUUGCAAAAUUUGUGUGGAGAAGGAGAAGGGAUGCAAGUUAAUGUCCAUGAAAACCCAUAUUACAUUCAACGGUUGUCAGUCCUCCCAGGAGGUAGAUAUGCCAUAUUGUGAAGGAUCCUGCAACACUUACACCAUGUACUCUGAAGCAGCAGCAGCUAUGGAGCAUUCCUGCUCAUGCUGUAAGGAGAUAAACUUCAGCAAUCGCACUGUUGACCUGGUCUGCCUGAAUGGAGACACGGUCCCCUACACAUACAUGUAUGUGGAACAGUGUGGGUGUACCAAGACGGACUGCACCACAGCUCGACAUCAUGUUCGCAGGAAGAGAAGCUUCACACUGCUGUGA